GGGCCCAUCAGUUGCCCCGGCCCAUUCACAGUGGAGCAAGCCAUCCUAGUUGCUGCCCCUCCGCCUUCCCAGGCGACGCUCGCAGCAGCCGCCGCCGUCCGCCUGCCUGCCUACCGCGAAUCCCCUACCGUCGCCGCAGGGGGCGCUUCGUCCUCACCUCUCUCCGAUUGGACAACCCAAGCUACCGGGAGCACAGCCAUAAGCACCGAUCAUGGCCGACUACGAGCAGGAGCAGGAGAUGGAGGUGGAGGCCCUGCAGGCCAUCCUCAUGGACGACAUCAAGGAGAUCGACCCCAGCGAGAGCGGGCUCAGCACCACCGCCAGGUGCUUUGAGAUCCUACUCUCCCCUCAGGAUGAUGAUUUCGACCAGUCGGCUUAUGUGCCAGUUCAACUGGCUCUGAUUUUUGCGCACACUGAGAAAUAUCCAGACGAACCUCCACUAUUGAAUGUCAAAAGUGUACGAGGAAUUAAACCAGAUGAUCUUGCAUCCUUGAAGGAAAAGCUUGACCAAGAGGCAACAGAGAAUCUUGGCAUGGCUAUGGUCUAUACUCUUGUUUCGUCAGCUGAAGAGUGGCUAAGCGAGAAAUACGGACACAAUGGUGGAGAUGAGGAACCAGAAAAAACUGAAGCAGAAGAAGAGGAGGUUAUUGUACCCCAUGGUGAAGCUGUUACUGUGGAUAGCUUUAUGGCUUGGAGAGAACGUUUUGAAGCUGAACUGGCGCUACAGCAUGCUAAACUUAUGCCAGAUUCAGCUCUUACAGCCCCAAAGGAAAAGAGGCUCACAGGGCGACAGUAUUUUGAAAGUGGAAGGCAUACAGUGAAAGGAGCAAGCACAGUUGCUGAUGAAGAUGAGGAAGAGGAGGAAGACAUUGAAUUUGAUGAUUUUGAAGAUGAUGAAGAGGACAUGCUUGAGCAUUAUUUAGCAGAACAAUCAGGGAAGUCAUCAGCUUAAGCUUCAAGUCCAAGCAAAAGUAUCUUUUUGGGCAGGCUUACUUUAAGAAGCCCGAAGUGGUUAUAUGUUAUAGGUAACGCACACCCACUGUUUUGUUUGUUUCUCGUCAUCUGGUUGCCUCUGGGUGGAUACCUCAAGCUUCUAUCCAAGGCAAGACGGCUGUAGGCUCGCAUUAAUAUAUGCUGAGGGUGUUAGAAGAUCACCUGCAUAAUGUACUUCGCUGUAUAACUUAUGUGUUUUUGGUCGGGUAUAACAUGCAUGUCCUGCCUUGUGGAGCAUGUUGCAUACUUCGGACAGAUCUUGAUGAUAAUAUUUAUGGAAUGUUAUUAUUUACUCAA